UGAGAAACAAUAAAAGGUAUCGUUCUGAUGGUGGUUUGUUUGUCUGAUGCCAAGAACAUAAAAAAAAAAUUGUAACUAAGUUGAGAUUGUGUUACAUUUUGCCUUACAUGUAUUUYAGAAUUACGGCAUAAUUAAAUAGUUUUCUUCACAGUUCCCUAUUGAAUAGUCUUCYUCACAGUUCCCCGCACCAGUUUGAAUAGUGCCUUAGAAUCAAAGCGAGAUGAACRCUAAGSGUGCUAUGAUAGAUGUGGAUGUAAAAGAAGAUACAUGUAUAACUUAACGGUCGUCUCACUUUGAUGYAAAUGCACUGMUACCUUUCAAGAUGACUCAAGGAACCGUGAAGGAUGAUUUUCAUUGUCCAUGUAUGAUUUAAUUGUCUAUAAGACAUCCUUCACGACCACAUUAUUAUAAUUACUAUGAUUAUAAUAUUCUGUUUUUGUAUUAUUCACAGUUGGAGAUUUGUAUUCUAUCUUAGUGCUACUAUUUAUGGAUUUUGUAUAUUACAAAAGGAAAAAUGGCUAUGGGAACCAGACUAUUGUUUUAUUGGACUUAAAAAACAUGUUAURAGUGAAGAGCUAUUUCUGUAUUAUAUUGUUGAACUUGGCUUCUAUGUAUCUCUAACAAUCUCCCAGUUUGUAGAUGUUCAAAGAAAGGACUUCUGGCAGAUGCUCAUUCAUCAUAUUGUCACAAUCCUUCUGCUAGGUUUCUCAUACACUUCAUCAUUUUUCCGUAUUGGAGCUGUAAUUAUAUUAGUUCAUGAUGUAGCAGAUAUAUUUUUAGAGGGUGCAAAGGUCUUCAAUUAUGCCAAGAUCCAGAAAAUUUGUGAUUUSUUGUUUGCUCUAUUUGCACUUUCAUUCACAAUCUCUCGUUUGAUUAUUUAUCCAUUUUGGGUUCUUGCUAGUGUGUAUCGUAGCUGGGUUAAUGCGACUCCAUUCAAGUCUUGGUAUUUAUUUAUGACACUUCUACUGAUGCUACAGGUGCUUCAUAUCUUCUGGGGCUACAGUGUUUUUGUAGUCAUUGUCAGGAUUUGCAGGGGGAAGGAGGUGAAAGAUGUUCGCAGUGAUGAAGAAAGCUCCUCUGCAGCAGAAGAAGAAAAGCCCAAAAAAGACGAAGCUCCUCAUGAUAACAAGAAAAAGUUGUGAGGCUGCAAUAUCUAAUUAUUAUGAUAAAAUACAGGAAUACAGGCAGGGUAACACAGGGUGCUUGCAUUCACUUGUUUCAAGCUACGGUUCUCCGACUUGUACACAUCGGCGAGGACUAAGCAAUUUCUGGAGAAGAGUUGAAAUUGAAAAAAAUCAUUCCAUAUACUAGUGCAUUCAUACAAUUUCAUUUACAUAAAUUUUGCCUUGCAWGAAAACUCAGUAGCAACACCAAGUUCUUGUAAUUAUCAUAAAGUUUUAUUUCCAUAUUAUAGACAUUAUGUCUCAAGAUGAUUAUCUUGUUUGUAUCAAACAUAWGAGAUUCUUGGUAAGAUAUAGAAAUAAAUGAAAGUUAUAGUCAUGUUUAAGCACUAUAACUUUUCUUUAUUUCUAUAUCAUGUUUAUCAUAGUGUCAUGCAGUUACUCAUAUUCAUAUCUUUCGAUUCUUGGUAAGGUCCUGUAGCAAAAAAGUACAAAUUUUUAAAAUGGAUGAAUUAUUGAUUUCAAGGUAUUGAGUUGUUGAGGGUUGACAGCCUUGCUGGUAUAUUUUAUUUAAWUAUGUGAAAAAGCAUGUGAGUCAGAGUAUGGUUAGUAAAUGGUUUGCUUCUGAAUUUCUUUUCUUUCCUUUUUGAAUUAUUUCUUUACAUUCGGUUGAAUGUAUAGCUUGUUUGUACUGGUAAAGUCCUGGAGAGUGCAUUAAGUGAAAGUAUAGUACAUGUGCAGCUCAUAACAUAGCUUAUUACUAUAAUAGUUUAUAAUUUGAUACAAAUUUAUUUUGUUACAGUGUCGGUAUAUGUAGGUUAUUGUCAUUACUUUUUACUAUAAUAAAUUAUUCCAUUCAAAUAAGCAAAUUUUCAUGCCAACUGCAAUCACAUUUACAGCAAAAGUAUCAGUAUACUGUCAGCUGGAAAUGCUAGUAGCUAGUUCAAAAGUUUACCUGCAUGAUUGAAGAAUGUACAAGUAUCAAAUUUACUAUGGGUAAGGGUAGUCAAUUCCAUUAUGAAAGAAAUACUUCUUCAAUGAUAGUCUGUUGAGUUUAAUGACUCCCUGUAUUUUUCAAAUAAGGYCAUAAUGUAAAAUGAAUCAAAAAUUGAGUGCCCUCAGUAAUAAUUUGUGCUCAGUGCAAUCAGCAUUCUACUCUGCAACAACAAUUUUUGAAAUAGUGGAAACUUGUGGUUAACUAGUGUACUGAGCUGCGAGGGUGUUUCUAAAGAAACAGUUGUGCAAAAAGAUAAAUUUUAACACCAUAUAAAAAAGUAGGUGAAACACCUUACUCAGAGGCUUAGGACAUUAAUUCUUAUCAGAGUACUCUGACAAGGAUUAAUUUCUGAAAUGUCAGAAAGACAGCAGUUUGAACUGGAAAARGAGGGAAACUUGCAAUUUUGUAGUGCCCUUGACAGUUUAAUGCACCAUCUAGAAAGUUUGACAUGCYUUUGUUUUGAAACAAGAUGACUGACACAAAAGCGCAAAUGUCAUUAUGGUAGAAACCCAUCACAACUUCAGACAGUCAUUCGAAGUCAUUACAUGCUUAUCAGUCACUUAUUAGUUACCUUUGAAAUCAUAAUAAUUAUAGUAGUUAUUCUAUUACUGAUUGUUAUUAAUAAUUAUUAUUUUAUUCUAUUUCAUUGGAUUUGCUCACUUAAACAAUAGAAAUUAAAUUUAUUAUAAUUUAUUAAGAGUUCUUUUUGUUGUACUSUACAAACAAAAACUGCUAAACAAUGGUACUAAUAAUUAGAACCUUUAGAAGUAUUAUGUACUUACUUAUUGACAGAGUGUUAGGGUAACUAAGGAAAAUAAUAUUUGGUUCAAGGUCAUGCUGGACAUCAUUCAUUCAUUUGUACUGAGUGCAGACAAACAACUGAGAGCCAGAUGUUUUUCUGUAUGACUGGCUCAGUCAAUAAGCACUUUUAUCAUUAAGAUUUUUUUUAAUAUUUCCAAAGCCCUCACAUGCCAUUGUUAUAAAUGAAAAGGCUUUUCUGAGUGGAGUCAAAUUUACAUCAUAUGAAGUGUCUUUUUCUCUUGGUGAUUGUGUGGUCAACAUAAUUAUAGCCCUGUUCAAUCCCUGUGGGUGUUUGCAAACAUGCACAAAAUACGAUAAGGGGACACAAAAAAUAGUCCUCCUUUGUUUCCUCAGAGCCUCGUCCUUAGCUGGUUUGUGCAUGACCCUGCAACACCAAAAUUGGACCAUUACCAUGUUUUUUUUWAACUUUAAUUAAGUUAUAUAUUUUUUGUGUUCUUAUUUGAAUUUAUGACCUGAAAAUAUUUUUUUAAACAAGGCACCUGCAGAGGUUGACAAAAAUACUGUAAUUAUGGUAAAGCAAAAAAUACUUGAUUUUGCUUUUUUACUGUUUUUUUUUUUUUUUUUUUUUUUGGAAAACCAAACUGUAUUUAUUAUUUGAAUUCAGGCAGUACAAAUAAUUUUUUUACAUAAUAGACAUUAUUCCUUUUGUUGUUGUAGGAUGGUGUAGGAAAUGUACUUGUAGCAAUUCUCRUUAAUAAACAUGACAAUCAAUUUCUAUA